AUUGAGUUUGGCAGGCUCCACUGUAUUUUGAUGAUUAAGAAAGGGGACCGGCCUUGAGAGUUUAAUAUAUCUGCACUGCUGGACAUGUCUGAGGGCAUCUCUGUCAAAAACCUAUAUUCACAUGGGCUAAGGCACUGGAAUUUGUUUGGCAAGCCAAACUGCUCUUUAAUUUCUGUGUGAAAGGGAUUAUUCUUGAAUUCUUCUUCAGCUGUAUAAAGGGAAUUUAAGGUGGAAGGUUUUAGUACUUGUUGAAGUUUGAGUUGCUUCCAGAAAGAGAGCUCUUUACUUUACCUUGUUUGAAGGAAAGAAACACAGUAAAAAUCAGUGAUCUAUACAUGAGUUCAUGUGAUUUACUUUUAAGAUAGAGGAAACUAGAAAGAAAAUAUAUUCCAAAAUUCAUCCAUAUACAGCUCGGUUGAAGCAUGAGAUCCUUGAAGAAGGCAGUGUUCAUAUGAUUAUUGGCCUUCUUUACCAGCCAAAACUGGUGCAUAAGUUUCAAUGGAGAAGUUUCUGAAUCCAUAUGACAAGGAAUACAUGAAGAUGGCCAUGUUAAAGCAUGAGGAAACAUUUAGGGAGCAGGUUUGCGAACUCCAUCGUCUGUAUCAUAUGCAGAAGAUACUAAUGAAGGAUAUAGCGAAAAACAGGCAAAAUAUUCACGAUUUUGCGUCUACUUCCAAGCAAAUGAAUGAUCACGCUGAUGUACACAAGAAUGCACGGCAAUGUAUUGACUUGGAAAGGCCUGCUGAAAAGUUCGAAGAACAAAAUGAGAGUGAACUUGAGCUGACUUUGGGCCCGACAAGCUAUUACCGGAAGAGGAAAGAUGCUGAAACUCCAUUAGCAUCAGAUUCGGGGCGAUGCUUUUCUUCUUCUUCAACUGGUUCCAACCAUAUAAAGUUUACAAUAAAAGAAGAAUUAUUAAAUCCUAGUUUCCUUUGUAGAAGGAAAAAUAGUUCUGAAGUUGAAGAGAAAUUGAGACAAGAUAUAUUAAAUUCUCCCCCUUGGCAUAUGCAGGCCUUAAGCCUGAAUAUGACUUGAAAAAUGGCAAAUAAUUCAUCCAGAGUCAGUAUGAUAAUUUUUAUAGACUGAUUCUGUGAAUUCUAAGUGUUCGGAUUUUAUUUUUCAAUUUAUUUCUUGUUUUUACUAUAAUGGAUUUCCAGCUCGAUUCUAAAAGCACAAAACACUUGAGAAAUGAAUAAUUUACAGUCUCUUCUCGACAAAACUGGAGGAAGAAGUUUCA